AUGGCAAACCAGUCUGAUCAUAUACCCAAUGUUAAUCAGACUGUGACCACCAACACAUAUGACUGGCUACGAAGCCGGGAACAAGAAGAGCGAUUGAGCUUCUCGGCAAACUCAGCCGCAGCCAGGCAUCCAAUGGGCAGAUGGACCAGCUUUGUUUGGAAUAGUAGCAAUGCUGCAGAUAUAAGCCCUUACGAAAUACAGUACUCUGUGUUUGAGACUGUUUUUGGUUACACCAAAGGGCCCCAACUGCCCGACAGAGAAGCCAAGAGAAAGGAGUUCCGUGAUGUAGUUCAAAACUGCACGAAAGCGAUCACAGAACAUGGCAUUGAACUCCAGCGCAUCAAAACAGGCUCCAGCGGAUCAUAUUUCGUAUACGGUUGGACUGAUCCAACUAUUCCAUUGGGGGUUUUUAAACCCAAGGACGAAGAGCCAUAUGGUCCCUUAUCACCAAAAUGGACUAAGUGGGCACAUAGGACAUUUUUCCCUUGCUUCUUUGGACGAAGCUGUUUAAUUCCAAACUUGGGAUACGUUUCCGAGUCCGCCGCGAGCGUGUUGGAUGAGCUUCUGGGAACUAAUUUGGUGCCCCAUACCGAAAUUGUGACGUUGAUGUCUAAAAACUUUUACGACAAGAAGAGAGCAUGGUUUUCUACAGAAGCACGCGCAAGAGAAAAAGUAGGAUCUUUCCAGCGCUUUGUGGAGGGGUUUUUGGGUGCUGGUGAGUUUUUAGAGAAACACCCAUUCCCUGGCAUGUAUCGAGACACACAGCAAGUGGUUCGACCAAACGACGAAUUUCAUUGGAACACCCAAACUCUGUCAUCUUUUCGCUUGGAAAUCGAGAAACUAAUUAUAUUGGACUACCUUAUGCGAAAUACAGAUCGCGGACUUGACAAUUGGAUGAUUCGAGUGCGCCAGCUACCGAACAAGACCUGGGAGAUCAAACUAGCGGCCAUUGACAACGCCUUGUCUUUUCCUUGGAAGCAUCCCGACGAGUGGAGGUCGUUCCCAUACGGGUGGCUGUACCUCCCCGUAAAUAUACUAGCGCAACCAUUCUCAGAAACGACACGUAAACAUUUUUUACCACUGUUGACAAGCACAAAGUGGUGGGAAAAAUGCUAUGAGGAGCUUGCUGUGCAAUUUAGCCUCGACGCCGAAUUCAAAUCUCGCAUGUGGAGACGACAGUGGGGUGUUUUGAAAGGACAGGCGUUUAACGUCGUUGAAACGCUUAAGAAUCCUACACAAGGGCCUUUGGAGUUGGUGCGUCGCAUGAGGACUCUAGUAAUUGACGAAAUAAUGCACGUCCCUUCUACUACAGUACCACUAAAUAUCCUCAGAACUGCUAUGGAGGAAUCUAUCUCUUUCUCUGCGUCAUCCCCCAUGGUACUCUCCUCUGUUCCAGAGGAAAUCGUGCCCAUUGAGGUAGCGUUAACGCAUUCUUCGAGUCCACCCCAUGAUAUUGUCGACGAGCCGCACCCCCUCACCCAGCCUUACAGCACGAAAAAGGUCGUUAUUGAAAGGUUAGUUCUAGUCAACUCUAAGCCUCCAGUGUUUACGUGGUGGUGA